UGAGCCGAGGUGAGGGCGGAGGCCUCUGCACCGGGAAGGCUUGGGCGGGGACCGGGCGGCGGCUCGGACUCGUGGGGUCCGGCUGCCCUGCGGAACGGAGAACGCAGGACCGGGCCCUGGGCACACUCCCUGCAGGCGAGCCCGGCGCUGUCGCCGGCGGCCCGUCAGUCCCUGCGCAUCGCCCGGGCCACAGGCUCUAGGAGCCCCGCCCCCGGUUGCCAUGGCCGCGCCCGGACCUGCGGAGCUCCCUAAAGCGGAAGUUACCAGCCAAAACUUCUGGUAAAUGUGGUUCAGGAGCCUCCGCGGGGCCCUACUUUCUCCGAGUUUCGGGCUGACCUGGAGCCUCGGGGAGCGGAAGGCUGGCUCACGGGAUUGGGCGGCGGCCUUCGAAAUCGAAUGCGCUCGCUUAUGGGUUCCUUCUCAAAGCCCGCGUCUUACAGCUGCGGGAGCAGCGGAGUGGGCGGGGUCGUUCUUAUUUGCAUGUGAGGAAACUAAGAUUCACAGAGACACAGCGACCUGCCAAGGUUACGUGGCAAAUAGGCGAGACCAGACUCCCGGUCCAGUGGUCGCAGUACCUUUAUGGCCCCUGGAAGCUCCCCCAUCACCUCCUAGGCCCACCUAAGUCAGGAACCUGAGGAGGCGAUGAUUUGCAUGGUGUGAUAGGUAGGGCCCAGAGGAUGGGGCUGAAUUGGGCAAGGAUGCCACCUGGUGGCUGAGCCACGCACAUGACUUUGCACAGGUGAUAGGGGAUGCAGGGAAACUGCCUUGUGGAACCAAGAUGGCAGGGGAACGGUCUGAGACCGCGUGGAAGAGUGUAUGGCCCAAUAAUGGGCUGGCAUGGGGGGAUGGUAGUGGUGCUGAUGCCCAGGUGGUGGGUCUUGUAGGUGUCAUUCACCUGUGAGGGGGAGAGCUGCAGGGCAGGGAUGAGGUGGUGAACAGAAGAGCAGGACUUAGGGGAGAGAAGUGACUUCUGAGCCUAAGAAUUCUUUGGGGCUGGGGCUACCAGACACUCUGUAGACCCAGCCAGAGAGACCAGGGUCAGGCGGCUCAUCCAGGGCUUACCAGCCCCACAGGUCCCUGGCCUGUGAUCACCUCUCUGUGCUUCAGUGUCCUCAUCAGCCUUGUCCCCAGGCAGGUCUGAGGAUAGGACAGCAGAGCAUAUGGUAGGCACUCAAUAAGCAUCCACUCCACUGUCCCAUUUGUACCCCAGGGUCAGACACUAGCCUUAGAGCCCAGGCCAUCUUUCCAAUGAGGCCCACAGCACUGGGCUCCCCAGGGCAUGCAGUCCUGGAAAACAAGAGACCCAUCACGGUGAAGUUGGAGGACUCUGAGGAGGAGGAGGCCACCCCAUGGGAUCCCGGCCCCGAGGCUGCACGCCAGUGUUUCUGGCAUUUCCGCUACGAGGAGGCAGCGGGGCCCCAAGAGGCCCUGACUCUGCUCCGGAAGCUGUGCCGCCAGUGGCUGCGGCCCGAAGUGCACUCCAAGGAGCAGAUGCUGGAGCUAUUGGUGCUGGAGCAGUUCCUGGCCACACUGCCCCCUGAGGUCCAGGCACGAGUGCGGGGGCAGCAGCCAAGCAGCCCUGAGGAAGCCGUGGCCCUGGUCGAAGGGCUGCAUCAGGAGUCAGGAGGACCCCGGAGAUGGGUCACAGUCCAGGUGCAGGGCCAGGAGGUACUAUCAGAGAAGAUGGAGCCUUCCGACUUCCAGCCCCUCCCUCAAACCAAGCCUCGGAAUACAGAACCUGGGCCUGAGACAACCUUUGGGGCCAUGCAGAGGUCACCACUGAGCCUUCAGGUGAAAGAGGAGCCCGAGGUUACAGAGGACACAGAGUUCCUGGAUUCUGGGCCUCUAGCAAGCCCCCAUGAGGCCACUUCCACUUUCCUGCCUGAGGAGGCCCAGGGCUGUGGGAUGUUGCUGGACCAGGCCUCUCCCCACAGCAAGACUGGGCCUGAGUGUCCCUCAUGGAGCGAACACACUGGGGCCCUGUGGCAAGAGGAAGCUGGAAGCAUGUUCUCCCCAGGGUUUGCGCUCCAGGUGGACAGCAUCUCUGCUAGCCCGGACACUGUGAGCUCCCACCUCCACAUCCCCUGGGAGUUCCGUGUGGCUGGCCUCAAGGGCCAACUCCAGUCACCCUCCCAAGAAGGUGGCUUCUCACAUACGCUCGUGCUCCCCAGCGACCCGAGAGGUGACCAGGACUGCACAGACCAGGAUCUCCGCCAGGACGCGGGCCACAUAAUGGCCACUGCCCACUGGCCAGCCCCCAGGGGUCGGAGCCAAGGCCGAGGCCGUCCCAGCACAGGCGCCGGGGCAGUGAGAGGUGGCCGUUGUGAUGUGUGUGGAAAGGUGUUCAGCCAACGCAGCAACCUGCUGCGGCACCAGAAGAUACACACAGGAGAGCGUCCGUUUGUGUGUGGCGAGUGCGGCCGCAGCUUCAGCCGCAGCUCACACUUGUUACGCCACCAGCUCACGCACACUGAGGAGCGGCCAUUCGUCUGCGGUGACUGCGGCCAGGGCUUCGUGCGCAGUGCACGCUUGGAGGAACACCGGCGCGUGCACACGGGCGAGCAGCCCUUCCACUGCGCUGACUGUGGCCAGAGCUUCCGGCAGCGCUCCAACCUGCUGCAGCACCGGCGCAUCCACGGCGACCCUCCAGGCCCCGGAGCUGGGCCCCCCACGCCUCCCAGUGCGCCCGAGCACCCAGGCCCCUUCCCAUGCAGUGAGUGCUGCAAGAGUUUUGCACGCCGUGCCGUGCUGCUGGAGCACCAGGCCGUGCACACGGGUGACAAAUCCUUCAGCUGCGUGGAGUGCGGUGAACGCUUUGGCCGCCGCUCAGUGCUGCUGCAGCACCGGCGAGUGCACAGCGGCGAGCGGCCCUUCUCCUGCACCGAGUGUGGCCAGAGCUUCCGGCAGCGCUCUAACCUCACGCAGCACCGGCGCAUCCACACUGGCGAGCGUCCCUUCGCCUGCGCGGAAUGUGGCAAGGCCUUCCGCCAGCGGCCUACGCUCACACAGCACCUGCGUGUACACACUGGGGAGAAGCCCUUUGCCUGCCCUGAGUGCGGCCAGCGAUUCAGCCAGCGUCUCAAGCUCACGCGACACCAGCGGACGCACACUGGCGAGAAGCCCUACCACUGCGGUGAGUGCGGCCUGGGCUUCACGCAGGUAUCCCGGCUCACAGAGCACCAGCGCAUCCACACUGGCGAGCGGCCCUUCGCCUGCCCCGAGUGUGGCCAGAGCUUCCGGCAGCACGCCAACCUCACACAACACCGGCGCAUCCACACAGGCGAACGGCCCUAUGCCUGCCCUGAGUGUGGCAAGGCCUUCCGCCAGCGACCCACACUCACUCAGCACCUGCGUACCCACCGGCGCGAGAAGCCCUUCGCCUGCCAGGACUGUGGCCGGCGCUUCCACCAGAGCACCAAGCUCAUCCAGCAUCAGCGCGUCCACAGUGUAGAUUAGCCAGCACUCACUGACCCCGUGUGUGCGUGCACCUCGGUCCUCUGUGCGUGGGAAGAGGGGGACAUAACACCUACCUCACAGGGUUGUUGUGAGGCCUGCCAUUGCAUAGGCACAAGCAGGCCCGACUCAGGGCCUGACGCCCCAGCAGAUGCUCAAUAAAACAGAAGGAACCUGGGUCUGGGUCUCCACACACGCAAUGCAGCCCCACCUGCGUGGGUCCCUCUAUGACAUCCGCACAUAUCCACCACUUCCACUGCAACUUCGUGGUUCCUGAGAGCCAUGACUCCCUGAAGAGGUGACUCCUGGCAGCACCUGUCACCUGAGUUGGGUGCCCCCUCUUGUUUUGAUUCCUGUAUAGUUUGUCUUCAACGCACACAUCCAUGGGCCAAGCCAACUGCCAGGAGAGGACCUGGUUCUCCCUAGCCAGCAAAGACCAUCGGAUGCGAUAGAAGUAGCAAACUGGUGCCCAGCAGGCCAGAUAUGGCCUGGGAUGUGUUUGUAAAACUUUAAACCUGGGAAGACAUUCAUUAGGCAUAAGGGUUGGAAGGUUUUAUCCAGAAACAGGCAUUCUUUCAGGACUUUCCCCCAUUCUCGCACGUUUACCACCAACAGGUGCUGAGUGUGGGACCCCUUCUGAUAGAACUCAAGCCAGUCUGGGAACAGAGGUCAGUGGCAGGCCCAGGGCCAGUUCCCCAGCCCUCUAGUGAUUAUUCCCAUCCCAUGCGCUGUAUUCUCCUCCCACCCUGGACCCAUGCACACUGGGAGGUCUCCAUGAGGAGUGUUUUCACUGGCAAAUCACAGGAAACAUCCUGGCGGGUCCAGCAUCCUGCAUCCUUGAGGGUCAGCCCUUUUCCCAUGGCACUGCCUCUUUUGCCCUAGCUAUCUUUCCCUUCCAUCCCAUUGUCUAGGCCCUUGACAUAGCCCCCACCACAUAAGAGGGGAUGCCAGAAACAUGGGUUGAAUGGCAGUGCCAAACAACAGAUCUUCAUGCAACAGGGUCUCUGACUUGGGACCUAAUCACACUCUGGGCCCAUGUCGGCAGCCUGCCUUUGGCCUGGAGGUUCCACGCCUGUGAGACUUUUAUAAACAGAAAUAAAGAGAACAAGAAAGCUCUCAUGUUUUGAA